AUGCGCCCAGGAUCUCUAUUGGCGCAAUUGGCCUUGGCCUCAUCUGCCCAUGCCUUCUUCCCCUAUAGUCCGAGCUGGCGUGUCGAUGUAGGACAAAAGCGUAUGGCUCGAAGUCCGAAGAGUGUGGGCAAUGGUGGUGGUGUGCGUAUGGAUAUCAAGCAAAGAUCACCUCAGUCCAGCCAACCGAUAACUGAGAGAGCAGCCCACGAAGCAGCACGAUUGAUCGCCAAAUAUGCCGGAGGAAGCAUCCCUGACACCAGUACGCUGCUCAAGCGUGAUAACAAAUACGAUGUCAUGGAGGCCACAGAAUCGACAAAGAAGCACACUCAGGGUGUUGACCAGGACGGAACUGACUAUUCAUACUUCAUCGAGGUCGAGAUUGGAUCGGAAAAGAAGACAAUGUACAUGCUUAUCGACACUGGUGCUGGGUCAAGUUGGGUUAUGGGCACUUCUUGUACCAGCAAAGCGUGUGAGAUGCACAACACAUUCGGCGAAGGCGAUUCGGACUCACUCGAAGUAUCGAAAUCCGACUUUAACAUUGCAUACGGCUCUGGAAAGGUCUCUGGUACCUGGGCAACCGACACAAUCACUGUGGCUGGCAUGAGCAUCAAGUAUCAGUUCGGAUUGACGCACACGACCUCGGACCAGUUCAUCGAAUUCGCUUUUGACGGCAUCCUUGGUCUUGCCAUUAACAAAGGAUCCGACAGCAACUUUCUCAAUGCCUUGGCCAAGUCCAAGGAAGUCGAAAAGAACAUGUUUUGCGUUGCUCUGAACCGUGCAGCUGACGGUACAAACGAAGGAGAAAUCAGCUUUGGAUCACCGAAUCCUGACAAGUAUUCCGGCAAGAUCACGUAUACUUCCAUCGGCGAAGACAAUGACUGGGCCAUUGAGAUUGACGACAUGGGCUACAACGGCAAGAAGGCAGAUAUCGGCGGCAUCCGCAGCUUCAUCGACACUGGAACAUCUUUCAUGUUUGGAUCACAGGACAACGUCAAGAAGCUCCAUGCUCUGAUCGACGGAGCCCAGAGCAGCGAUGGCACCACAUAUACUGUUCCUUGCGACAGCAACGGCAACUUAACCGUGACUUUCUCUGGAGUCGACUAUGUCAUCUCACCAAAGGACUGGGUUUCUCCCCCCAACAAGGAUGGCAAAUGCACCAGCAACGUCUAUGGUUUCGAGGUUGUUAAAGGCGCAUGGUUAUUGGGCGACACCUUUAUCAAGAACGUCUACGCCGUUUUUGAUGCGGACGAGCGCCGAAUUGGCUUUGCUACCAACGCUAUCACAGAUGGCUCAAGCGCCGACAAUGAAGACAGCAGCUCUUCAACAAAGACCAUGACCACCAGCCAAGCGACCAAGACGUCUGACGAGACCGAAGAGACUGGCAUCACAACAACCUCUGGAUCAAAGGCAAGUGCAGUGCCAGACAUGGGUCUAGGCAAAGAAUCUGUCUCAUCUGGCACUGCCACUUCUGAUUCAAGCGAACCUACCGAAACAAAAGACUCAUCAGCACCUUCAGGGCCACUAUCACAAGCCCGCUUCACAUUCAUUUUCUGUAUAGUACCAUUUUUCGCCCUCCUGGCUUAG